AUGAGCGGCGUCUUGAGAAAGCGAGCACUGUGGCUAGGAGCUGGCGUUAUUGGCGUUGGAUUGAUUGCGGCAGGGAAACUGGGUCCGAGCAAGAAGCAAGCAGUUCUUUGGGGUAUGAGUGGUGAGCUGGACAAGGUCAACUCGGAGGUUGAUAAGGCGAAGGAGGAAGCUUUUGGGUACGUGUUACUAUCUUUUGAGGAGAUUGAAUUGGCAAGAGAAGCGGCUUUUGGGAGGCAGGCUGGUGGAGAGGCAUUGAAGGACGAUGCUGCUCGAUAA